GAGGACGUGCCGUGGGACGGGGUGGGAGGGAAGAGAAGGUUUGCACUGGGCUGGGCUCGCACUCGCAGCAUCAUGGAAAAGAAAAUGAGUGACAGUGACGAUGAUGUCCCCCAGCUUUCAUCUGAAGCCUUAUCUGCUCUGCAGGAGUUCUAUAUUGAGCAACAGCAGAGAGAAGACAUUAAGGCAACAGAAAGAUUUGAUAACAAUUGUCUUGGCCCAAUAGAAGAGAACUGGCAACUGAGCCAGUUUUGGUAUGAUGCUGAAACUGCGCUCCAUUUAGCUAACGAGGCUGCAAGAGCAGUUGGAAGCUGUGGCAGAAUAGCAUGUGUUAGUGCACCCAGUGUUUAUCAAAAAUUGAAAGAACGGGACAACAAAGAUUUUUCAACAUGUUUAUUGGAAUAUGACCAAAGAUUUUCCGUGUAUGGAGCUGAAUAUGUUUUCUAUGAUUACAACAAUCCCUUGAACCUUCCGGCCAACCUCACAGCACAUAGUUUUGACAUUGUCGUAGCAGAUCCACCCUACCUGUCUGAAGAGUGUCUCAGAAAAACUGCAGAAACCAUAAAAUACUUAACUAAAGGAAAGGUUCUGCUUUGUACAGGUGCUGUUAUGGAAGAAUAUGCUGCUAAGUAUCUUGGUGUGAAGAUGAGCAAGUUUAUUCCAAAACAUACUCGAAACCUAGCCAAUGAAUUUAGAUGUUACGUGAACUAUGAUUCUGGACUAGAUUCUGAUUCUGCUUCUUGACACUUCUCAUAAAGAAUUAACCAAAUAUUUCAGUCGGGGGCUUUUUUCCUUCUCUGGAGGUGUGAACAUUUGUAAUUUGUUUUUAACAUUCAACAGUAUUUGUGCUAAUAGGAGGGAGGUGGUGAUGAG